AUGGAGAGAGAGCAGUUGGAGAAAGGGAGAGGGGUUAGCUCUGGUUUUUGGUACCCUGUGUCCAUGGGUGGAGCUCACACCCUGGGACUGUUUCAGAAAGCAGUGAUGAUCUCAGCUGCUACUGAGGAAAUGAACCUGUCAGCCACUGAGGGAGGAAACAUCACUCUACCUGACCCUGUGAUGGAGUUUGGAUUUAUUAUAUUUAAUGGAAACAAUGUUGCCUUUGUGACCAAAGGGGAAGUUGUGAUAGCAGAGGAUAUUUACACUAACAGACUUCACUGGGAUAAAAACACUGGACUCUUUACAAUCACAGGACUGCAGAGGAAUGACUCAGGGAUUUAUACUAUUAACUCUAAAAGAGUACAUAUUUUCACUAAAUAUUACAACCUCACAGUUUAUGAGCGUGUACCAAGUCCAGCAGUGAACACAGUGAGUGUGAGCACUGAGAGCUGCAUCUUGCUGUGUUCUGUGGACAAAGCUGAAACCACACUGUUGUGGUACAAAGACGAGGAGAUACUGAACCAGAGCAGCUCUGCUCUCUCUCUGCCUCUCACUGUACACAAGCAGGAUUUCAACUCCUCUUAUAGAUGUGUGGCUGCCAACCCUGCUGAACAUAAGACUCUUCAUGUCAACAUCAUAACAUCCUGCAGUGAACAAAACAACAAAACCCCAGACGAAACAGAAAGACAUAGUAAGACAAUUUAA